AAAAAAAAACAAAUAAAUAUACAAACAGAAGGAAAAGCGGCAUUUCUAUUGAAGUAAAUAUGGAAGACCAGAACAAGAGCGAACAUCAGUUUAUCCCAGGACAUCAUGAAGCCGAGAUCUGCCAUGGAGGUGAAGCUGACUUACACAAGCAUUGUGUUGACUGUAAGAAGAAUCCUGGUCAUAUCGACUUCAUACCUGUUAAUGAUAUUAACAUGGAUCAUCUCCCCUCUAAAUACCGCGAUGCUGCAGUGCUGGAAUCAAUCAAAACUUUAUCUGCUCUAACAGUCAUGUUAAAAGUAAAAUACACAAGCACGGAAAGACCGGAUUCUGUUCACUUAUUCUCUGGUCAAUAUCCAUUUUUCAACAACAGAGGAAGUGACGUGUUGAGGACAGGGACGGGGAGGGUGUGGCACGUGGACAAGUAUACGGAGAAAGACAACAAGGGCACUUGUCCUUGUGACAAAUGUCAACACUCGGACACACCCAGUAAAGUGUGGGGGGAGUUUCAAGUUCUCACAGCCAGCCACGUUGUGUUUGAUGAAAGUGAAGUGCGAGAGACCAAAUGUAUUUUUGGGUAUGAUCAAAAUGACAGUGAGGUGAAAACUCUUCAAGGGUGUAAACUUUUAGAUGCCGAUAGCCAGAAAGAUUGGUGUAGAUUUACAUGUGCGACUUGUGAUAUGACUUUAGUUGAAGAGCAAUUGAAAAUGUCUUCUUACUUUAUGGAACUUUCUAGAAUAUUACAAAGGCAAUUCUCGAGCAUAGAAGAUGAUACGAUGGCUAUUAUUGUCUCUCAUCCACACGGCUGUCCAAAACAAGUAACUAUUGGAAAGUUAAAAACUGAAUUGAAAAGAAAAGGCUAUCGUACUCUCUACAAUGGAGAGAAAUAUGAUUGGACAUACACAAAGUACACGUACACCACACCUACAUGUAAUGGCAGUAGUGGUGCGACGGUCUACGCCCCGUUUAGUGAUCUGAGAUGCAUUUUGUGGCAUCCUCACAGCGGAGCUAACGAAACAGAAAGUUAUUGUGGCGAAGAUGCUUGGUUUAGUUUAGAUUGUGGUUGUGAGAUUGGAUAUGAGCAGAGAAAAAAGUUUUGUACUCCCACUUUGCAUGUGGACAGGGAGGAUGCAACAAACCUCCUAAAAAGGUAUUCUUUUGAACGACCUGCUUUUGGAAGUGAGGAAAGCAAGGCGAAAAAGUCAAAGACGAGUAAAGAAAAACGCAGAAACGAAAAUUAAAAGAAAGUAACACAAAAGCUUUUUAAAUUGCUUUUUUU